AUGGCGGCUCUUGUCGAGCUUCCAAGUCGAGCAACUCGAUUAGUUGCCCAAGCACUCGAAGCAUUGUCCGUGUCAUUAUACACUGGCGACUGCUUGUCGAUGCUGAAGAAGCCCACGGCGCCAUCAGCCACAGCCAACUUGCCAUCGCCAACUUCCUCCGUCCUCGGUCCCGAUAUCCCUCCGUCUCGCGCCAUCCACAAAGCAGGCCCGGACCGCCUUCCGCUUCCCGUCGUCGCCUUCGACCCCGGUUUCGCCAGGAUUUUCACUUGUUCGCCCGCAAAGGGUGGCGACAGUCGGGCUCCUGGGCAGCACUUCUUGAGCAAACUGGCCACCGACGGCCGACGAGUCACCAGUCUCUCCCUUUUGAUGCAGGAGCACGUGUCUUUCCGCAUACAGCUCAUACAUGUGGUAAAACUAGCACCGCAGGGCCUACUUGAUGAUUGGACCUUCCGAGCCCAGAAUGAGAAUGAGAGAAACCAAAUGACUCAGCGCAGCAUCACCCAGUGUCUUGGUUGA